ACUCUACAAUCAUCAAUUGAAACCAUCAGCAAAACCAAAAUGCUACUGCAUCCUCACUGCUUCACCGCGGCACUCACCCGCAUCUCUCGAGUUCUUCUCUUUGUUACUACCGCUCCAGCGGCCGCGGGUUCAUCACAGAUAACAACUCUGUUUGCCUUCUUGCUGGCCUGUCGCCACAAGCCGCGCUUUUCCCGGUCGCCUUCUGCUACACCAAGGCAAUCCCUGUGCGAUUCCACGCUUGAGACACACAGUUUAUCCUCGGCUGACCCACGGCUAACAAUUUCAAGACUCUGGUAAUAAAGAAUCAUGGCUUCCUGAAAAGAUAUAUAAGGCGGCUGCCUUCUCUGCAAUUCAACAUCAAUUCAUCAAUUCAUUCUCCUUUCAAUUGAUUUCUCCUCUUCUCAUCGAAGCUUGGUGAAAUUUCAGAAUCUACUUGAUUAAAUUUUUUGAACGACUUGUUUUACUCUAUUUUCGUUAUUUAUCUUCCAAUUCUUUAUUCCAAUGGCUAUGCAAAGUGAAGUUUACGCUCCCAAGUCUGCCACCGAGGUCAAGAAAGCUGCCAAUGCUGCCGAAGAGUCCCAAGUUCCCAAGAAGGCUCUCUACGACCGCCCCGUCAUCUUGACUUCUUACCCCGGCCAGAACCGUGUGGAUCCUUUCCCUUUGAAGUGGGGUGCCCCUUCUGCUGAAGAACGUGGCCCCGUCACUGUCGCUCGCAGCAUCGAAACUUUGCCUCACCGCAAUGCAAUUGGUGCCCACGGCGGUAGCUACUGUGUCUACAACGCUCUCGCAAUCGCCGGCGGCUUUUUGCCUGCUGAGCACAAGCCCGACUUCACUCUCACCGAGCCCGUGUUUGAGUUCCCUGAACAAGAAUCCUGGCACGGUGUUGAGAAGAUCGUCGCCAUGGAUCCCUAUGGUCAUGAAGUGCCUCGCUUGUUCAAGAACUACCUGGACAAGGGUUACGAUGUUCGCCCCACCAUCGCCAUCACCAAGGCCCACUUGCAAGUGACUGAGAUUAUGAACGACGUUAAGGCUGGCGAGCUCGAGAUCGAUGGCAAGGUUGUCCUGAACGAGAACGGUGACAUUGCUAUUACCAAGGUCGCCGUCGACCCCGUUUGGUAUCUUCCUGGCGUCGCCAAGCGCUUCGGCGUUGACGAGGGCUCCCUUCGUCGUGCCUUGUUUGAACAAAUGGGCGGCGCUUAUCCUGAACUCAUUACCCGUCCCGAUAUGAAGGUGUUCCUUCCUCCUAUCGGCGGUCUUACUGCUUACAUUUUCGGUCCCCCUGAGCGCUUGAGCGACCCCAAGUACAGCCUUGCUCUCCGUGUUCAUGAUGAGUGCAAUGGCUCUGACGUCUUCCAAAGUGAUAUCUGUACUUGCCGUCCUUACCUUGUUUUCGGUAUCGAGGAAGCUGCAAAGGAAGCCCAAAAGGGUGGCGUUGGUCUUGUCGUCUACUUCAGAAAGGAGGGUCGUGCACUUGGUGAAGUUGUCAAGUACUUGGUCUACAACAAGCGUAAGCGUACUGGUGACUCUGCCGAGAACUACUUCCUUCGUACGGAAGAGCUUGCUGGUGUCCGCGACAUGCGCUUCCAAGCCCUCAUGCCCGACAUUCUUCACUGGUUCGGUAUCAAGAAGAUUGACCGCAUGUUGAGUAUGUCCAACAUGAAGUACGACGCCAUCGUCGAACAGGGCAUCCCCAUUCUCAACCGUAUCCCCAUCCCCGACCGCCUCAUUCCUCCUGACUCUCGUGUUGAGAUUGAUGCCAAGAUUGUAUCCGGUUACUUCAGUGAGAAGCAGGUCACCGUUGACGACUUGGCCUGUGUCCAUGGCCGUAACUGGGAGUAAGUUUCCUGGCCCACUGUUUCUAAUUAUUUCCUUCCUGUUUCUACAACUCACUCGUUCUUUUCUUUUGCACCUGCUGUGCGUUUCUUACAAUUCUUGUUGUGUUACAUGAGCAUGCAACUACGAACUAUCAUGUAUUCUGUUUUACAUAGUGAAUUGAUCUUUUUGCGUAACUA